UUCAAUGGUCUCCACCAUCAUCGCCCACACCACAGCAUACCCGCUUCUGUUCCCUUUUCUCUUUCACUCUCCAAUUACAUUCUUCUUCUUCCAGUAAACCAACCCUUUUUCAAUUUUCAACUCCUCAAAAGCGUUCUGGGUACUACACCCAAAGCAGCUAAACGAAUAUACUCUUCGAUUCCAAUCUUUUUCUCUCUCUUUCCUUCUCUCUCUUCCCUUUUUCUUUAUAUAUAUAAUUUUGAAUUCCUUCCUUUAAUUCCAGUCUCUGUCUCUCUGGCUUGUUCCUUCCUCCACAAAUCUCCAUUCUUUUCUUGUUGGCUGAAUUUUGAUUUGAUAUGAAAGUUUCGGAACUCCAGGUUCAGCUUCAUCACCCCCACCAUCAUCAGCUCCAGCAGCAGAAGCAGAACAAGCAGAACGAAACCGCCAAGAUGUGUAGGAAGAUCCAAUUGGGUGUUGCCGACCACCUCUCCCCGCCCAUCCCCUCCAACGCCGCCGACGACUGUCACAAGGAAGACGACGGCGAGGAAUUCUUAGUCCCGCCUCUCAAUUUCGCUAUGGUGGAUAACGGCAUUUUCAGGUCCGGCUUCCCUGAGCCCGCCAAUUUCUCCUUCCUGCAAACCCUCGGCCUUCGCUCCAUCAUAUAUCUAUGUCCUGAGCCGUACCCGGAGGCUAACAUGGAGUUUCUGAAAUCAAAUGGGAUUAAGCUUUAUCAGUUCGGUAUCGAAGGUCGCAAGGAGCCUUUUGUAAACAUCCCAGAGGACACAAUCCGUGAAGCUCUGAAAGUUGUCCUUGAUGUCAAAAACCAUCCGGUCUUAAUUCACUGUAAGCGGGGAAAGCACCGAACAGGUUGUCUCGUAGGAUGCUUGAGAAAGCUGCAAAAAUGGUGCUUAUCAUCGGUGUUUGAUGAGUACCAGCGAUUUGCAGCUGCCAAAGCGAGAGUUUCCGAUCAGAGAUUCAUCGAGUUGUUUGACAUUUCAAGCCUGAAGCAUUUGCCCAUGUCAUUCUCAUGCUCAAAGAGGUGACAAACACAAACCCAGAGACAUGUUGAGUUUCCUUCCUUUUCCUUGGGGAAGCGAAUCCCAUGUCCUGCUCUUUUAAAUAAUAAGUAGGGUAAGGUGAUGAGUUCCUUCAUUGCAUCUCAGCGGCAAAGGAAUAAUUCUUCUUCUCCAAUUUUUAUAAUAAGAGAAAUGCAGAAAUAGUAGCAUGGCACAUUGAUUACCCCAUCGUUAAUCAGUGUGAGUCGCAUUGUAUUUUUGGUUAACUUUGGCUUCGAUUGGAAUUUGAACUCGGAUCUUUUAGCUCUAGAGACAAAAUUCCAAUAAAGUGGAGCCAACUUUGUUGUCAUUUUGGCCCCUCCUUGAGCCGCCUGCGUUUCGCUAUUUUUCUUUCUUUUUGAUUGCUGCUCCUAUUCAUCAGGAAUGAGUGUGGAUAUACCUUGACUUUUUCUCGAGAAAAUUCAAGAAGUCUACCCAGAAAAAUCUUGGUGGGUAGUCGAACAGAGAAACUACUAUGUUUGAUUUGCUGGAAAUAUUGAUGAUUAUCAUGUAAUGUGAUCUGAUAAAUAUUGCUGAGGCCCUUGCUGAGUUUAUAGAGAGACAUAUUCUUGUGUGCAUUAGAUAAUGGUUAAAAUAAGCCACAUCAUUUGUUUUAUGGAUAAUGUUCAGUUUAUGAAUAA